AUGGAUCCAGAGCUUAAGCGGCGUCCUCUGCUCUUUGACGUCCGGCCAGCUCAGCAGCGACCACCACUGGGAGUUAUUACCCAGAACGAAAGCGAGAAGUUACAUCGUAAACAUCGCAGGCAUCACGAGGCUGGAUCUGAUAAUGAACGUGGAGCUGAAGAUGAUACGCUAUCAAGGGGCGGGUCUGCUCUUCCUGCUGGAGCACUCCCCGUCUUGUUUAGUCCACGGCCUGUGAAAAAACUCUAUGUCCCAACGCCAUCGAUUACACCCAAGUAUUUCCGGUGGAAGCCGCAGUCGAUGACGCCAAUGAAGUCUCCAUCUACUUUCCAGCAGGGUAAACCGUUGACGCCUCAUGCGAUAGUACCGUCUCCAAGUGCACAGCGACGACAAACCUAUUGGAAAGUUGCUACGGACACAAGGACGGAUGGACUACCUGACAUCAACGCAACGCUCAAUCCAGCAACAGAAAAUGAGGCGGAAGUGGCUCCGUGGGAAGAAUACACGUCCGUUGUUGAGGUUCAAGCUAUACCAGAGAGUAGUCACUACCUUUUCGAUGGCCCGGUGACGCCACGACCAGGAUUGACAACGCCAGCAACGUCCACUACCCAAUCAACAUCCACUCAGUCAAUGCCAUCAACUCCAAGGCAAGAUAAUUCUCGCCUGAGUACUCCCAUUCGUCCACUGAGCGAAAAUCCUUCAAACAAUAAAGCAGUUAACGUUCCAACCACUAUAUCUGUCCGGUUGCAGACACCUACAAACUUGCUAGUCUCUGGAGCUAGUAUCGGAGUGACUGAGCCUCAUCCACCACAUCCAGAACCUGUUCCAGGGACACCAAUCCGACUUCAGCCGUUGCCGCCUGUAGGAGAGACAAGUGAGGCCGAACACGAACGCUCAAAGUUGCGAUCAACUGUCUCCCAAGUUCGUACCCCUGAAGAAGUGGAGACUAUCGAGGUUGAGCCAGAACCUGUUAAACCGGAGCCAAUGGAUGAUACUCUCGCGACUCCAAUUGUGAUUCGUAACGCCGGUGACAAACAAUCAGAAGUAUUUACGCAACAUGUGCUCCGUGGCGUUAUUCUUCGCAAGUUUCUAAACAUCAGUACCAUUACCAGGAAGCUUCGCGAGACGGAACAACAUGUUCGUGUGACGGCAUUAAAUCCCUCCGGUAGUGGGAAGACUCCGACGAUAACAUCGACUGCAGCUACACCUGGACUGAAACAUCGACAAUCUUCGCUGGAACGCGUCAGUGAUAAUGCGCCCGACGAGACUGGGGGUCCAAGUCCAAUUCUCCAUAGGCUUGCAUCCGUGGAUAAGGCAAUUAGCCAAACCGCUCAUCGCAUGGGGUUAAUGUCAAGCGCAAGUAUAUCACCACUAACCGGACAGAAUCUGGCGAAGGGGACAUCGCUGCGGACAAUAGGAGAAGGCAAGCUACUCACUCAACCGGCUCAACUUUCUCCAACAAGGGACAAACUGAAGCGCCUACAGUCGAAUUUAGCAGACGUGAGUGAAGACGAAACAAUUGCCAUCCCGGUACGAGCGAAGCUUGACCCUACGUCAGCACAUAUUCUACGUAUCUGUCGUCAUGUGAUAGCCAAGAGAGCCAUGAAGUCCUUCUUGCGUCAAGAAAUGUCGGUGAUCACUCAGACUGAAGUGGCUUUACGUGAUGACGCAGCCUUGCAACGUCGCCCCAACUCAUGCAUGAGUAGCAGAAACGGAUCAAACUCGAGAUCUACAAUUGACAAUCGAACUCCGAUCAAAGCUAUGGAUUCCGACCUCGUGGAGAGUUUGGCAGCUUACUUGAAAGAAGGAGAUCAACAUAUGACAGUAGACGAGCUGUUCCUAAAAGCCUUGCUGUCAGAAGCGGAGAAGGAUUGGAAGCGUGCCAUUCUAUUGGCUUCUGCUUGUGUGGUUAUUGAUCGAGAGUUCAUCUUAGCAACAUUGCUACGAGCUCGUUGCUGUCGUCGACUGGGACUGUGGACUCAAGCCAUCAAGGAUCUAACUCACGCGUUGCAAUUACGUCCAGAAGAUCAGCGUCUUUUUCUACUGCGAGCGUGUCUGCACAGCAAAAUGGGGGAAGCGGAGAACGCUCUGGCCGAUGUGAACCGCGCACUAGUGCUGCAUCCGCAAUACACUGAAGCUUUGUUACUGCGUGCUGAGAUCUUCCAUCGAAGUCGUGCCGUCGGCGCAGCGUUGCAAGACUUGACGUCUGUUCUAGUGCUAGACCGGAGUUGUUGGAGGGCGUACUAUGACCGAGCGACCUUGCGUUUACGCGCCAUUGAAGGUGACGAACAAAGUCUCGUGUAUCAUUCGGAACACUUACUCUAUGAAGAGUUACUUGCAGCGAUUAUCCAAGACUACGUGAACGCACUUCACAAGGGCUGCACUCUAGUGGAAGUUGUUGAGACUGUGGGUGAUCUUACAGUAAGGCUGCUGGAGUUCACUGGCGAUCUCACCGUGUUACGCCAAGUUAUCCAGAAUCUCACACGUCUACUGCAUUUACUCGUUCUUGACCCGAGUGGCGGACUACGAGCGCCAAGGUCUCCUGGCAAUAACAGCGGAUUGGGCUCUGGAGCUGCUGAUUAUCACUCGUUGUCAACAGUAGAUCGUGAGCUGUUGAUAGCUGCGAUUCACGCUCAACGAGGACGACUGUAUGUACUGUCAAAUGACAAAGUUAGUGCACUGGAAGACUUUGAUCACGCCGUGGUGAUGGAGUAUCACUAUCCCGUGGCUCAUUUCUAUCGAGGUGCCUUUGCGACUCUGUUAUUAGCGAAAGAUUCUGCUGCUGGAAUCAAUAAAGACACAGAGACCGCCGCUGCACACCAUGCCAACAACAUGCAGCAUCUCUCUCGAUGUCUUGCAUUAGACCCAACUAUUGGAGGAGCAUACACUGUGCGUGGAGCUUUACAUCUGCGGGAUCUGCGCUUCAACAACGCUCUGCAAGACUUCAAGGCUGCAGUGACCACAGAUCCGACGUUGUCCGAAGUCUGGCUGCAAAUUGCCUUGGUGUAUCUGAACCACUACCACGACAGUGAAGAGUGCAUUAAGGCUUGCACUAGUGCAUUGGCUAAUGAUGCUGGACUAUCUCGGGCCAUUUAUCUGCGUGCUGAAGCGUACACUCGUCAGGGAAACACUGCCGCAGCUCUCCGAGACUACACGCGGCUAACCCGAGCACAUCCUAGCGAUCGCUGGGCGCACCUAUUACGUGGAAGACUCCAGUUGACGCUUAAAAUGGCCCGACCAGCGCUGUACAGCUUCGUCUGCUUCGUAGAACAAGUCACCAAUGAUCUACCGACUUCAGUCGAUACUAAAACCAACAAAGACAGCAAGCCUAAGAAGGAUGCUCUGUUGUUAUGUGGACGAGCCUUCCAGCUCUUGUCACGUUUCCAAAGUGCAGUACGUGCUUUCGAACUGGCAGUGGCAGAGAACCCAACGAGUGAGAACCUUGUGCUGUUAUCAGAGUCGCUGCAUUCACUGGGUGACACUGAAAAUUCGUUGCGUGUGAGUGAGAAGGUUGUGAAUACCGACCCGUCUAGCUUCAGGGGAUACGCUCGACGCGCUCAAUUACUCGUGUCCGUCGGUCAAUUCACUCGUGCAAUGGCUGAAUAUGACAAAGCGAUCUCACUAGCGCCCAAAGAAGGACGUGUGUACUACGAGCGUGGCGUCGUUCAAAUGCAGCUGUACAUGCGAUGGCGAGUGGCCUUCCAGACUAACUUCGCUAGUGAUACCGACGCAGCGCAGAGAGUGUCUCGAUCGCCAUUCGCACCGCGUAUUUCUAUGCGAGAAGUUGAAAGAGAUUUGGGUGUUAAUGCUGUAAAAGAUGAAACUUUGGUGCACAAAAUGAUGAAGCAGUUCUUCGUGGGCAGUAUCGCGGAUUUGUCCAAGUGCAUUCGGCUAGAGCCUCUCAUCGCAGACGCGUAUGUGGAUCGAGCAGAGCUGAACGCACUAGGGGAGGAAUAUGAUCGCGCUUUUCGUGACUUGGAGACUGCAACGGAGCGUCAACCGAAAUAUGCUCGGGCUCAUGUGAGUCUGGGUGUGCUGAAAUGUCAAUUCUCUGCAUACGCCGCUGCUAUCGAAGACUUUGACAAAGCUAUCAAGCUGGAGACUACAGCCACCGCAGAGAUGCGUGGCUAUGCGCUUUUCAACCGCGGUGCGGCGUAUCAAAAACUUGAGCUUUGGGCUCAAGCGGAAAAAUCAUAUAACCAAAGUAUCAUGUUGUUUGGACGAGGUCGCGAUGUUGCAGCACACCGCAACCGCGCGAUUGUUCGUUGCCACUUGGGGUCUUUCAAAAGUGCGUUGGAGGACCUGGAAGAGGUUCAACAGAGCGCUCCAGAUGACGAUGAACUCCAUGGAGCUUUGGGCUUUGCGUUGCUACAACUCAAUCGCUACGAAGAUGCUGCAAAGCAUUUUGCCGCAUAUGGACGGCUUGGUCGUGAUACUUACGUCGACGGCGGGAAUGCGUACUUUAACUUGGCUACAAAGAGUGGGACGCAUCUCCAGCAAACACAACACGCAACUUAUCUUGAACGAGCUCGAAGGUUUUACCUACGUGCUGUGCGAUUGCAACCAUCAAAUGUUGAUAUUCGUCUCAACCUGGCGAGUUGUUUGAGAAAGGAGAACGCCAUGGGUGCGGCGAUCAGACAGUGUGAUAUCAUUUCACGCGAACAGCCACUUAAUCAUGCCUGCUUGGAGAGCAAAGCGCUUGCUCUUUUCCAACUUCCACGUCGACAGAAUGAAGCGAUAACAUGUAUGGAUGCUGCCGUUCGAACGUGCGUGUCUUCGUCUGCCAAUCUGGAGAAUAGUUUCUACGCGUUUACAAGUGGCAUCAUUCAUCGCAACUCCCUUGACCGAAAAACUGUUCACCGUAAAGGAACUCGUCGGCUCUCUACGGACACGGAAGGUCUGAAUGAAGAUGGUGGAUCUAUGAGUGCUGCUGCCACGCUGUUGGCGCAGAUGGAGACACCAGCUCCCAAGGUUCGUCUCACUGGAUCAAAUGAGCAAAUGCUCGUGUUGUAUAUGUUGAAUCGAGGUGUAAUGCUGGAGAAAAUGGGGAAUUUAACUCGAGCUCGCCAAGAUUACGAGGAUUCGCUUCACUUCGACCCGAUGUCGGUACACGCUCACGUGUGUUUGGGAACACUCAGUCUCCGGGAACGUAAUUUUGAGCAAAGCGCGGUUGAGUUGCAACAUGCUCUUGAACUUGACCCGUCGUCAGGUGUGGCACAUCUCAAUCUCGGCGUGGUUUGCUUAAGUCUCAGCGAUGUGGCUAACGCUCUCGUUCAUUUUGACACGGCAAUUUCACUUUUGCCACACUGCAGCUACGCGUAUGCAAAUAAAGCGGUGGCACUUGCUCGCAGUGGCGACAUGGCUGGCGCGGAGCUGCACUUCAAAAAAGCAAUAAACGAAUUGCCAUCACGAAAAGAAUUUUAUCUGGCACGUGGCAAAAUUGUUGCUUUACAGAAGCGAUUGCACGACGCAAUGGUCGAUUUCUCGACCGCGUUAUUUCUCGGAUACGACGGCAAACUGUAGUAAAUAUUAUCUCGAAGUUUUUGUCAAUAUUUUGAAGUGCUUUCAACAUGUACAGCGUGAAUCGGUGUG